GGUGGGCUGAGAACACCACAGACUGUUUAUGAUGGACAAUUUAUUCCCCGGUGCAAAGUCAACAUAACACAGCAAACGUACAGCAAUUAUUAACAUUUUUCUGGGGCCCUCAUGAGGCUGGAGAGUCAGUCAGUGGAGGAGUGGAGCUCCGGGAGCAGGCUCAGCUUUCCCCGGGACACAAUCCUGCUUCCUCGGCGUCAUGACUCUCUACCACGGCCGCCUGCCGGCACUCGGAGUGGCAUCCUCGGCUCUGAGCCUCUCCGCCCCCCCGCUCUUCUACUUGUACGGCCGAGAGAGCGGAGGGGUCGUGCCCGCCGCCCUGAGCUUCGUGCCGGCCCGCCAGGAGCCUCCGCAGAAGCCGCCCUACAGCUACAUCGCGCUCAUCGCCAUGGCCAUCAAGAGCGCACCGGAGCAGCGCGCAACGCUCAGCGGCAUCUACCAGUUUAUCAUGGACCGGUUCCCAUUUUAUCACGACAACAAGCAGGGCUGGCAGAACUCCAUCCGCCACAACCUGUCCCUGAAUGACUGCUUCAUCAAGGUGCCCAGAGAGAAGGGCCGGCCCGGCAAAGGCAGCUACUGGACGCUGGACACCAAGUGUCUGGAUAUGUUUGAGAACGGCAACUACCGCCGGAGGAAGAGGAAGGCAAAAAGCCAGCAGGAGGCUCUGGACUCUAAAGCCGCUGGACACAAGCGCACAAAGGGCGCGGGGCCAUCCAGGGACCCCCAAACCUCUGUGAAACAUCAGACUGGCUCAGAGACAGCGGAGGAACCAGCCAGGCAGGAUGCGGAGAGCGUGGGAAAACAACCAGACACAAAACCUGUUCUUGUGGAGUUUAACCAAGCGGAACAGCCGCAACCGCUCUCCAUACAAAGACUCAAAGUGCUCCCCAACCAAGACACCACAGCAUCCAUCGGGAGGAGGCUUGACGCUCCGCAGCCUGAGCCGUGUCUCACUCCGAGACACGCUCCGCUGUGGAUGGACGGAGCGCAUCUCCUAGGCGCGUCCCUCCGCUGGGAGCCGGACGAGAAGAGGUCAGCGUUCAGCGGGAGGGAGAGAGAGAGGGGUCCGCUGUGCGCCGUCAGCUGCACGGCAAACACAAACCUGGCUGCAAGCGCGCAGGACAGGCCGAAGGGAAACGUUCCGAGCAGGGAUAAAUCCAAAGGGUUCAGCAUCGAGAGCAUCUUAUCGAGGAGUGAAGACGAAACGCGCGGCAGCAUCCUCGGUCUGUCGGCGGAGACAUGCGCAGAGCGCCAGAGUCCAGGCUUCAGCUCGUCUGUGGUCCUCGGUGCUCGGCCGCAUCAGCUGUACCAGAUGGGAUUCCCCCUCUGCUCCUACCUGUCACUCACCUGUCCCGACAAAGUACUGCAUUUCAAAUGAGUUCAGACCUCGAUGUAUUUUACGCACGGAUGUCCAAACGUGUCAAGUGUAAUUAGCUUUUCAUGAUGAGUUAACUAUGAGACAGCUUCCUGUUCCUCUGCUUAUACAUGUGUUUUAUUGUAUCAAUUCAUGGAGGAAUCUUGAAUGUAGCCUGAUGACUGGGCCCGUGUAGCCUGUAUUGAACUGUGGGGGUAUUGUACGAUAUGAGAAUGACGUUUGUAAUCUAAGCUGUUUUACACUCCACUUUGCUCAUGUGCGAAAUAAAGUUUAGUUUGGUAAUUAAAUGACAGCAUGCUUUAUUUAAAAUGAGAGUAGAAAUACUGUUGGAGAACAGGAGGCUGCCGCUUGAAUGAAAUGUCACAUAAACUUCUGGUGAUGCCAGAGAGACAGUAACA